UUGUCAUGGUAUGGACACGCUAAUGUUGGAGUUAUCGCAAAAUCGUUUCUUUUUUUCAGAGCACGUUUGCUUCAGAAAACGGGAAAAGACAUCCCAGUUGCUAGCCUGGAGUUAUUGUUGGCCUUAAGUGAUUAGACUAACGUACUGUCAGCAUGUGCCAGCAUUUGCCUGUUCACCUUUCGGCUGCUGUGACCAUUUGCGAGACUAUCGAGAGCCUCGUGAGGGACUCUGUUGGUCCCAAUGGACUUCAUACUAUGUUGACGUCCUCCUCGGGCAGCGUAGUGAUAACUGGUGAUGGCCACACCAUCUUGUCAUCAUUGCACCUGUCUCACCCUAUUGCCAGAUGGAUUGUGGAACGGAUCAGGUGCCAUCACGGCAUCACAGGAGACAAUUCCAAAUCAUUUGUUCUGAUAGUCACUGAGAUAUUGAGGCGGUUGCAAGAUGCAAUUGGUCCCACAGGAGCAAGCUCUUCCGUUUCUUCCAAGAAACGAGACCUGAUUGAGAUAGGUCGAGCCUUGGAAGUGAUCCAGGAAGAGGUUUUUCCCCAAAUGGUGUUGCCAGAGCUCCUGAAACACUGCAUGUGUUUGGACAUAACCAAGGCAAAGCAAGAAGAGGUAAUGAACAUCUGCAAGAAGAUUGUGGGAACUAAUCUUGGAGGGAGGUUCACACCACAUGUGACUGAGCACAUGACAAAGUUGACUGUCGAUCUAGUUAGCGGCUGUUGUGAUGACAUCAGCAGCUUUGCAGAAACCAUACGGGAGCUUAUCAGCGAGUAUAAUGUGACCUGUAUUGAGGUCCCGAACACGCCUAUCAGUAAAUCCAAACUUCUGGAUGGUGUUGUGCUAACACGAAACUUUGCCGUUCAGUCAGAAGAUCUUGAUUCGUUGACUACCGUGCCAUUUAUCAUUCUUAGUUGCCCCCUUAAUAAGUGGACUCCAGAUGUCUGCUCGACAUUGGCAGCAGGGAGUAAGGAAGACUUGUCCAGAUUCCUCCAGUUUGAAACAUCUUGGACUCAUUCGCUAAUUUGUCAUCUCAGGGAGUAUGGUGUGAAGCUUCUCCUAUCGUCUGAGCUUCUCUCUGAUGCGACGCUGUCCUUCUGCAGGGCUGCUGGAAUUUCUGCAGUUCACAUGAUCCCGGAGGACGAGCUGAAUCGACUUGCACGCCUGACAAAAACUGACAUCGUUCAUGACCCCGUCGAUAUCCUGACUUCUGCUUUAAAAAGAGGCACUGCCAGUUUUUGUAGAUCUGUUAUAGUGGGGCGGUGUGUUGGUGUUCAGUUAGGCUUCAGUAAUGCUACGGUACAUUCUAAGCAGCUGGUACUUUGUGGACCAACUCAAGGUAUAUGCAGGCAGUGGUUCAUUGCGGUACUCAAUGCCCUCAAAACCCUCCAGAUGUGGUUGGAUAAUAGCUGGCUUUCUGCCGUAAUGACAACAGAUGCAGACAAUGUCAGUAGAGCUUCAAAUGGAAAGUCCGAACAUUCCGGUAUCACCUUGGCGUACAAUUCUGCAGAAAGCUUAGAGCUUUCCAGCGCACAAUCUUGCAGCCUGGACAUGCAAGACGAGACUGCUGAUGGGGAUAAUUUGGAAUCUAGUCUCGGCACAACAAGCGUGUGUCUGCCAAAACACCAACUUUUGCAGCAGCAAGGAAUUUGUAUACCUGGAGGAGGGUGUACAGAAUUCCUUUUACAUAGGAUAUUUCGUACAUUGGCUAGCGGAUGCAAUGAACAUCACGACUUGAAAGCAAGAGAUCCUUCCUUCAUUACGGCUGCAGGCAUUCUGUGUGAGGCUGCGCUGUGCAUACCCAGAACCCUACACAGGAAUUCGGUGUCCCCUCAGAGUAAGAAAUCAUCAUUUUUAGAGAUGGCAUCUAAAGUGCAAGACUGUAGUAGCCUUGUCGGUGUGAAUGGUAGGACAGGGGCUCUCUGUGACCCUGCUGAGAGAGGUAUCUUGGAACCGGUGUCAGCGAGAUACAUUUUGUGGAGGGACUCAGUCAAAAUGGUGCAAGACCUUCUUAAGAUUGACAUGAUUCUUGGUGUGAGAGCAGUACCAGGCAAAGGCUGCUCUAACACAAGUGAUGAUGACUCUGACGGGUGAACAUUAAUAAUUGUGUACCGACCUUGGGCAGAAAGUUGCGAAUACUUUGAGAGUUUUAUGAAGCGAUCUAGUGAAUGCCUCUGUGACUGGAAUUUUCAUUGAUUGAGAAUGGGAAGUUAACGUUUUAAUUUUUAUAUAUCACUCUAUGGGUAGUAAUGUUGUCACAGAGUGUGAGCAAUUUUCAAUUCCUGAAAGAAAAAUGACUGCAUGUCUUCAGAAGGCAACUCCCCCAAGCCCUGUCCUCAACCCAAUAUAUAGAUGUUUGUCUGUUUGUUCUUCAUACAAAUUUGUAUAGGUUUGUUACAAAAGAAAGAAAAACCUCUUCACCACAGAAGUUAUGUGAACAAAGCAACUCUUUAUUUAAACAUUUAUAAAAUCAGUGCAGGGUCUGAGGGCGAAUGUACAGAAAUGACGUGCAAUAACAGUAACGUCACAGUUGUAUCUCGGUUUUGCAGAAAGUACUGCUGAAAAGUGUACUUUUUAAAAU